AUGAAGUUCAAAUUUAACUCAUUGUUAUUAGUCCUUCUGCAAUUGUUGCAAGUAGUGUAUAGUCUAACCCAAAAGGAAGUGUUACUAUCAUUAAGGGAUGAAGACGGUAUUAUCAAAAUUACAGAUGAAAACUAUGGUCUCUUCAGAACAGGUGUAGCAGAUUUCUAUAAUGUUUUAUAUGUGACAAUGAGUCAGAGCAACACCGCCGGCCAAGUAUGUGAAAUGUGUUUUGAUUUUGAGAAAACUUUACGUAAAGUAACGAGUUCCAUUCUUAAACAAGAACCAGACGCUAAUGUGCUCUUUUUCAUUGCAGAUGUUAGUGAUAUGUCAUUAAUAGUAGAUGAUUUAAAACUUACUAAUGUUCCUCAUCUGGUGGUAUAUCCUCCACCAACGCCGGAUCAAGAGUUUUCAUGGUCAACUUCUCCAUUUUAUCAGUAUGAACUGAAUGUUGAUAAUGCAAAUGAUGUUAUGCAAUUUGGAGAUUACUUGGCAAAGAUUUUGAGGAUAUAUUUAAGGAUCCAGGCAAAUUUUGAUUAUAAUGAGUUUGUAACGUACUUUGUGGGAUUUAUGGCUGUAUUCAUAAUAUUUAAAAAACUCAUACUACCGUUGAUUACAAAUAAAUGGAAGAGUUUUUGCAUAUUAGUUGCUUUUAUCAUCUUACUGCCAAGCAUUACAGGGUACAAAUUUACCGAAAUGAAUGCUAUUGCACUAAUUGCUCGCGAUAAAGAUGACAAAAUAAUGUUUUUCAGUGGUGGAAUGGGUUGGCAAUUUGGGAUUGAAGUAUUUACUGUUUCAUUGAUGUAUAUCGUCAUGGCAGGAUUGGUAAUAGCCCUCAUUUUAUCGCCACGUUUGAAAGUAUUAAAUACGAACACUGGUGCUUUCCUUAGUGUUGUUCUCGGUUCGUGCUUACUUUACAUGUUUUCAUAUUAUCUUUCCUGUUUUAAGAUUAAGAACCCAUAUUAUCCGUAUACAUAUUAA